UCUACGUCCCAGAGUGCAGUUCGGCGCUGCGGCUGUGCAUACUGGGAUUAGAAGUUUUGGGAAAAGCAGCGCGUUCCCGGCGUGCAAUGCGAGAGGCUGCGGCCGCCCUGGAAGAGCUGGGGAAGGAUCGGGAGGCGGGAGGAGCGGCUGCUAAGGUGCGGCCGCCCAGGAGCCUGAGCGUGGCGGACUAUGACAGUGUUUUCUGCAGAGUCCUUCUCCGGUCCACCGUCUCCGACGCUUUCCUGAACCAUCUCUUGGCGGAGCCGCCCUCAGUUUGCCUGAUUAAUGAUGGAAGGGAAGAUGGCUGAUAUUAACUUCAAAGAAGUGACUUUGAUAGUCGGCGUGGUUGCUGCCUGCUACUGGAACAGUCUGUUUUGUGGGUUUGUUUUUGAUGAUGUUUCAGCAAUACUGGAUAAUAAAGACCUGCACCCAUCUACACCUUUAAAAACUUUAUUUCAGAAUGACUUCUGGGGAACUCCUAUGUCUGAGGAGAGAAGCCACAAGUCAUACAGGCCCUUAACAGUGUUGACAUUUCGCUUAAAUUACCUCCUCAGUGAACUAAAGCCCAUGUCUUACCACCUCCUGAAUACAGUGUUCCAUGCUGUGGUCAGUGUGAUCUUUCUCAAGGUCUGCAGACUUUUUCUGGAUAAGAGGGGCAGUGUGAUUGCGGCUCUGCUCUUUGCAGUGCACCCAAUCCAUACGGAAGCAGUCACAGGUGUUGUAGGAAGAGCUGAACUCUUAUCCUCUGUCUUUUUCCUAGCUGCAUUCCUGUCGUAUACUAAAUCCAAAGGACCAGACAAUUCCAUAGUGUGGACUCCGAUUGCAUUGACAGUGCUCUUAGUGGCUGUUGCAACAUUGUGUAAAGAACAAGGGAUAACAGUUGUUGGAAUCUGUUGUGUAUAUGAAGUAUUUGUGGCCCAAGGGUACACUUUGCCAUUGUUAUGUGCCGUUGCUGGACAGUUUCUCCGCGGGAAGGGUAGCAUUCCAUUUUCUAUGCUACAGACAUUAAUAAAACUCAUUGUCUUGAUGUUCAGUACUUUACUACUUGUCGUGAUCAGAGUCCAAGUUAUUCAGUCACAACUUCCAGUGUUUACGAGGUUUGAUAAUCCAGCCGCUGUAAGCCCAACCCCUACAAGGCAGCUGACUUUUAACUACCUCCUUCCUGUGAAUGCUUGGCUUCUAUUGAAUCCUUCAGAACUCUGCUGUGAUUGGACCAUGGGAACAAUACCACUGAUAGAAUCAUUUCUAGAUGUUCGAAAUCUUGCCACUUUUGCUUUCUUUUGCUUUCUGGGUGCUUUGGGAAUAUUCAGUCUCAGAUACCCUGGUGACUCCUCCAAGACUGUCCUAAUGGCGCUUUGUUUAAUGGCGUUACCAUUUAUUCCCGCAUCAAACCUCUUCUUUCCUGUUGGAUUUGUUGUUGCAGAGCGAGUACUAUAUGUUCCUAGCAUGGGGUUCUGUAUUUUAGUAGCCCAUGGAUGGCAAAAAAUUUCAAACAAAAGUGUCCUGAAAAAGCUCUCCUGGGUUUGUCUGUCCAUGGUGAUAUUAACCCAUGCCUUGAAAACACUCCAUAGAAAUUGGGACUGGGAGUCAGAAUAUACAUUGUUUAUGUCAGCCUUAAAGGUGAAUAAAAACAAUGCCAAAUUAUGGAAUAAUGUGGGUCAUGCUCUGGAAAAUGAGAAGAACUUUGAGAAAGCUUUGAAAUACUUUUUGCAGGCUACCCAUGUUCAGCCAGAUGACAUUGGUGCCCACAUGAAUGUAGGAAGAACGUAUAAAAACUUAAACAGAACUAAAGAAGCUGAAGAAUCUUACAUGUUGGCUAAAUCACUAAUGCCUCAGAUUAUUCCUGGUAAAAAAUAUGCAGCCAGAAUUGCCCCUAAUCACCUAAAUGUUUAUAUCAAUUUGGCCAACCUCAUUCGAGCAAAUGAGUCCCGCCUGGAGGAAGCGGACCAGCUGUACCGACAGGCAAUCAGCAUGAGGCCAGACUUCAAGCAGGCUUACAUUAGCAGGGGAGAAUUGCUUUUAAAAAUGAAUAAGCCUCUCAAAGCAAAAGAAGCAUAUCUUAAAGCACUGGAGCUGGACAGAAAUAAUGCAGACCUGUGGUACAACUUGGCAAUUGUUUAUAUUGAACUUAAAGAACCAGAUGAAGCUCUGAAGAACUUUAAUCGGGCUUUGGAACUGAACUCCAGACAUAAGCUAGCACUGUUUAAUUCUGCUAUUUUAAUGCAGGAAUCAGGUGAAGUUAAACUCAGACCAGAAGCUAGAAAACGGCUUCUAAAUUACAUAAAUGAGGAGCCGCAGGAUGCUAAUGGCUAUUUCAAUUUGGGGAUGCUUGCCAUGGAUGACAAGAAGGACUCUGAAGCUGAGACUUGGAUGAAGAGGGCUAUCAAGUUACAGCCUGACUUCAGAAGUGCUUUGUUCAACCUGGCACUCCUGUACUCACAGACUGCUAAGGAGUUAAAGGCAUUGCCAAUCUUAGAAGAGCUGCUCAGAUACUAUCCUGAUCAUACCAAGGGCCUCAUUUUAAAAGGAGAUAUUCUGAUGAACCAGAAGAAGGAUAUAGCUGGAGCUAAGAAAUGUUUUGAAAAGAUCCUGGAAAUGGAUCCAAGCAAUGUGCAAGGAAAGCACAAUCUCUGUGUCGUGUACUUUGAAGAGAAGGACUUGCUGAAAGCGGAGAGAUGCCUAGUUGAAACCUUGGCAUUAGCACCUCAUGAGGAAUAUAUUCAACGCCAUUUGAGUAUAGUCAGGGAUAAAAUCGCCUCUUCUGGUAUUGUGGAUCAGCCACUGUCCCCAGUUGAUAAGACUUCAGGUACAGAAGAAAAAGAUGAAGUCCCUUCCGAGGAUGUAAAAGAAAUCAUCAGUGAGUCCAGGCCAGCACAGAUCAUAAAAACAAAUGAUAACAGAAAGUCUCAGUCUAACAAGCAGUCAACAGAAAAUGCAGACCAAGAUGCCCCCCGUAAAACAACAAAAGACAUCAAAGAAAUUGAGAAGAAAAGAGUUGCUGCUUUGAAAAGGCUAGAAGAGAUUGAACGGAUUUUAAAUGGAGAAUAACACUAAUUCUGUAUCAUGUAACAAUGUAGCCAAGACCUUCAGUCUCUAUCAUGUGUUUGCUUGUACUGGAAACUGAAAAAUGUUGAGACUAUAUACUGGUUUUUCAAAAACUGCAUAAGAUUCUCUACAUAGGAUCAAAAUGAGAUUUUUAUUGAAGACCUAUCUGUCCCAGGAUAUAUGUUUUAUAAGAGAGGACACAAAUUUUAAUUUGGAAGAAUAUUGGAGAAAUCACAAAUUCCAAGUCACAACUUGAAACGUUUAUUAUAGAAAGAGAAAGAUGUGGGUUUAUUAUAGAAAGAAAAGGGUGGGGGAGUACUGGUAAGUCUUUCUACUAAUCUGAAUUGAAAUAAUAUGGGGCAUCAAAGAUGAACCCUUGGAGAUAAAUCCAGAAUGUACUGGGGUUUGUGAAUUCCCAUUUAUUAACUGUUUUUCAUUUUUCAUUACCUCUUUGGAUUCAGGAAUGGACUGAUACUCAUUGAAGACAUUCAGUAACUCUUCUCAUAAACCAAGGGACAUUAUACUGCAUAGUCAUACUGUGUUUUUUUAAUGUGUUCUUUGAUUGGAAUUUAGAAGGAAUGGUAGAAAAAACAUUUUAAAGUAAAUCAUACAUCAUGUAGAUGACAAGUUAGCUUAGGAAUGCCUUUUGUCUUUCAUGCUAAUAUGUAAGCAUUAAGCAAGCAGGUAAAGUGUUAUGCAUAUACACUAGUGGUGCUCGCUGAUACUGUAUUCUCUCACACUGAGGACUCCCACAUAAGCUACAUAACCAUGACUACUCGUUGGCACUUGUUCCCCAAAGUCUUCUGCUUCUUGGCAGAAAAGUCCCAGUCAUUCUUCUUUAAGCUUUAGAGUAAUUGUAGUAAUCUUUCAUCUUUAAUCUCUCUGGUCUGAGCUUAAAAUCAGUUUCCUGUUUCCAAACUCAUACCUUAACAAUUCUUAGAUACCUAAACCACUACAGUCAGUUUUGUUUAACUGAAGGCAAAACAAUGUGACAUUUAUUUUUAAAUACUAGAUUCCUCUUAUCGUAUAUAUUUUAUUAAGUAUUUAUUUUAACUACUGAUCUUUCAUAAAAAUUUUAAACUUUUAGUUUAAAUUGUUAGUUCCCUUGAGUUAACUAAUCUCUAUGUCUUAGAAACCAUCCUUUUCUAAUGUUUUCUAAGAAAUCUUUUAUAAAUAGGUCAUAAGAAACAUGUUCUGCAUUAAAGACCCAUUCCUUUUAGCUUCCCAGAGGACCUGACAUAGUUGGGUUUUUUUUGUUUUUUUUUUUUGUUGUUUUUAAGAUAAUUUAACUCCAGCACUAAAGCCAGUGGGUGUUAGUUCUUGACCCAAGAGAUUUGUUAACCAUCAAAGCAGUAUCUUGUUUCAGUUCUUAGAGUGUAUCUUUGUGACUUCAGAUCUAGAGUGGAGAAUACCUCAUGUACUAUAACUUGAAGUUAUUGUUUUCUCUGUUUAUCUCUAGAAAAGUUUUUGCUGAUAAUCACUACAAUUUAAAUUCUAAGUGGAGGACAGUGCAGUAAGUAAGUCAAAGGAAACCUUUUAUGAUAGCACACCUAAUAAAAGUUUGAAGACUAUUUUAGUAAAUUUAUAUAGCUAGUCAAGUGAUGAGGAUAAAUAUUAAUAUCCAAUAAUUUUUAUACAAGAAAUCUUUUAUUAGCACUCAUAAUUAUGCCUGUCACAAAGAAAGUACUCAUACUUGAAUUUUAAUUUAUUUAAAUCAAAUUCAUCUUGAAUAUCUAUUAUUAAUUAUUACCAGUCAGUGAUACCCAACUUCAUUUCGUAGUAGAAUCAUAUGGGAGCUUUCCUGAAAUUGAGUCAUGCUUCAGUCUUUCCAAAACCUCUUCCAGUGAGUCUCACUGUAGUUAGAGUUCAGGGCGACUGCUCUAAAUUAGUUCAGUAAAGGUCCUUUUCUCUCCUCUGUUAAAUUUGUAAAUUAGUAAUACAACCCAAUUAAGUUUUGAUGGCUUAAAUCCCACUAAGGAAUAUAUCCUAUUGAAAAUAUAAAUAGUAAAUUCUAUCAACCUUGCUUAUGGUCAAAUUAAUAUUUCUUAAGUGCAUGAAAUUGUAUUGGAACGAUUCAGAUGAGAAGCUAUAGUAAAUAUCUCCACACCCCCAGCUGCCUCAGCUCUUGUUUUGAAGAAGUGAGAACGGAAACACUUUAAGCCCAGGUUACUAUCUUACGGUUUAACACUUUGGAUAUAUGAAUUUAAAAAAAAAAAAAAUAAAGACAUAUCACAGGAUUGUGUGCAGAUAAAAAGAUACAGGUUUAAUUUUCAACAUUUAAAAAAUCUACUUGUCAUGACUUCUAGCAAAGCUUUGACAAUCUUCAAGGAGCCAUGUUACUUUCUCCUUCACUACUCCUCAAAAGUGGAGUUAAAUUCUAAAUUGCUACUAUAGUUUUUGUUUCCCUACUAACAUUUGAAAUUGGGGAUUUUCAAAUUUUCCUAGUGAGUAGUCCCACUCACCAACCCUCCUCUUGAGGCUAGGCCUUGUAGUGUUGCCCAUGCAGGUCUUGAACUCAAAGGCUCAAGUGAUCCUGUCGCAGCUCCCCGUGUGCCUGGGAGUACCGGCAUGUGCAUCCUCGCCCAGUCCCAGGGUGUGAUUUUCCGACACCAGUGACGUCAAGAAUAAAAUAACUAGAUAUAUCAUUUUGUUUAACCUUUUGUGUAUACUCUUAUGUAUUUGAUGUGUGAAUUACACAGUUCUAAUAAAACAUGCCUUUCUUUACAUCUGAGUUUUCAACUUCAUGUUAUAGAAUGCUUCAAAGAUGCUUUAAUGAAAACUAUUAAGAAUAUAUAGAUUUGUAUGUCGAUUUAUACUUCAAAAAUCCAUAUAUUUGUCAUAUUUAUUUUUUUAUUUGCAUGGCCAAAUGAUAUUUAAAAUGAGUCCCCUCCCCCCCAAAUAUCUGGUAACUGUUAAAACUCUUGUCACCUAUCCAUAUUCAGGGUUCCUUAAAAAGUAGUUUAAAAUUGUAUGCAUUUUUAUAUUACUAUGCUGUUUGUGUGUAUCACAUUUCUAAAUAUUCAUUAUUAAAUUGUUACUUUUUAAAACUUUCAA